AGUAUAAUAAUAAAUUUCCAUCGUUCCUGCUGUAGGUCUCUUCAUGUCAGUUGCUAAAUUUAAAAAUUAGAUUAGUUAUUUUCAAUCUUGAAGCAGUGACUUUUUCAUUGAUCUCUUUCUACGUUUUUUUCCCCCUCAUCAGUCUAGUUGUGCCCACAUAGACAAAAAUAAGUUUUGAGUAGGUCUGGCCAAGUUUGUGGGGAAAUACCCUAUAAGCAAUCACAAAGUCAGUUUAAACAGAGACAUCUUAAUAAUUUAGGAAGCAUAACUGACCGAGGCCACGGCUCCUCAAAUCAACACUAACUGUGGAAACUUCACAUUGGAUUCCAAGCUUCUUGAAUUUGGUGCCUUUCUAAUCUUCUGCCAGACCUUGACUUCCAAACAAAAUGGAAAAUUCACCUGGGAAUACUGAGCAACAAGUCACUUCUUAUUCUCCCUGUCCCCAUGUAUUUCUGAUAUCACUUGAUAGUAGUUUAACAGGAGGAAUUAUAGCCAAAGUCCUGCAUAUAAAUGGUAAACUCCCUCCAAAUUCCUGAAUGGAUUUUACUUCAUAAUCUUGCACCUUUUUCCACACUUCUUCCUUCCUCUCAACUUUCACCUAAUAUGCAUGAACAUAGCCCUCUGUUAAAAGCUACUUUCUUUAGCAGUUACCUUUUGUUUCUUCCCCUCUUUGUGGAGUGUGUCAAACACUUUCUGCAGGAAAAAUGUGAUGUCUGCAGAUUUCCCCAUGAUGGUGUGAGGCAUAACAUGACAUUUUUGUAUUAAAGAUCAUCUUUCAUUUUGUCUUGUGCAAUGUUUUGUUUUUCUGAAAUUUAGUUUUGAAUUCGCCUUAGCUGCAAGUCAAAAUCAUCCAUAUUAACAGAAAUAAACCCUUAAACAUAUCACAAUGUGUGUUAGAGAUCCAUAAAUUGUACGUGUUUCCGUGUAUAAACUAAAUAAAUGAACUUGGAAAUGAUAUUCUAAAUUACUAAGACGCAGCUGUAAAACACAACAGCCAGACAGACCUGGGAUCCGCGUCAGGUUGCAGUUUCUGUUUUAAAAGUGGAAACUGGGAGCAGACCCACGCUCUUUCCAAGUUAAUUAAAACGCCCCCCUGAUUGGACGGACAGAUAAUCCCGGCGGGCCGCCUGCUCGUACUAACUUGUGAGCGGGACGGAGUGCCAGUCACAAUCUGCUAGAGGCGAGGGAGGGCAAGAAAGACCACUGCAGCUACAAAGGCGAGAGGAGCGCAGUUAGGGAAGUGUUGUUAAACGUGGGCUAUGCGCGCAACAAGGGGGGAGCGCAGUGCACAGAGGAGGUGAACGCAUGUACAGGCUCAGCUUCACACUCACAGCCUCCUUCCUGAAGAGACACAGCGCUGAGAGGGGAAAGGAGUGAGGAAAAACUCAGAGAACAACACAGCAACUCUUGGACGAAAGUGCGCCACAGCCGUCAGGAGAGAAGUUUGGAUAAAGCGGUCCAAGGAAGACUUUUUCCUGGUCAGAACCUGCUCUGGAAGAGAGAGAGAGAGGGAGAGAGAAAGAAAAUGAAUGUCAGCGAUGAGAAUCUGCUCAAAUCGAUCAGCAACGACGCGCUUCUCGACCUGACGCAGCGCUACGGGCAGUCAGCCUUCGGGUUUGGCGCUGGCCACGGUGCUGGAAGUCCCGGCAGAUACCCGCUCACACCGGCCGCCGACUUCCUCUCCGGACAGACUGGGAAGUCCAACGAGAGCGGCGGGGAGCACACGAGCGACGACGAGGACGGCUUUGACUCGCUGGAGUCCCGGAAGAGGGGCUCCUCGUUUGGGGACGACAAGCCCGGCGGGCCCCUGGCCAAAAAGUCCAAAGAGCAGCGGUCCCUGCGGCUCAGUAUCAACGCCCGGGAGAGGAGGAGGAUGCACGACCUGAACGACGCGCUGGACGGCCUGCGCGCCGUCAUCCCGUACGCCCACAGCCCCUCGGUGAGAAAACUCUCCAAAAUAGCCACUCUCCUCUUGGCCAAGAACUACAUCCUCAUGCAGGCUCAGGCUCUGGAGGAGAUGAGGCGGCUGGUGGCGUAUCUGAACCAGGGACAGACUAUAACCUCACCGAUCCCCACCGCCCUGGCGCCCUUUGGACAGGCAGCCGUCUACCCCUUCUCGGGCUCCGCUCUCGCCACCUGUGCCGAAAAGUGCACCACUUACUCCGGGGCACCGUCGACUCUCUUCAAACACUGUAACGACAAGCCUUGAUUUGAUUUACGCUCUUUUUCCUGAACUUGAACCUGUACUGCGCCCAUGUCAGUCUCUGUCCCACUCUAGUUAAUUUAACACAUAAUUCUGUGGAAAUUAAAACGGUUUUAGUCUAAUGCGUAAUGGUAAGAUAUGGUUAAGUAAUCAUACUUCAAAAAUGCUCUGUAGAAAUUAAAUUGUUCGGGCCUUCCUGUCACUGUGGCUUGCAUGUCUCACAUCAACUACAGGCCAUAUUCAAAAUAUGAACUUAAAUUCUGCGAAGUUUCUGUUAUCAUUUGCAAUCUAUGCAACAUUCAGUAAUUACAAGAAAAAAUAAAUGCGACCAUUUUCAACCUUUAGAUCUGAUCCUAAUUAACUAUAUGAAAACAAUCUGAUGUUAUAUUUUCUGAUACAGUGUGUUUGUUUUUAUUUCAACUUAUUGCACAUCUCACAUGAUUGUAUUGUACAACUUUGAAUAAUCUUCAAAGCCCGGUUAUAAUAAUAAUAAUAAUAAUAAUAAUAAUAAUAAUAAUGAUACUAAUGGUUAUAUAACUGCAGCCUAUAAACCGAAGAAGUAUUCUGGUUGUGUUACAACAUGGAUUUCAUAUAUUGUUUAUAGUAUGUCUUUAUAAUUAAAACAUAUCUAUGCUCGGG